UUGAUCCAGCGCUGGCAUCCGACUCUCAGUAAUGGGAGGUUUGGCAGCAGGCUCUGCUCUAACUGACAUCACAGGAUGAGAGGGAUGAGACAGCACAAACAGGCUAGACUCAAGGAACUGUUACUGUGUUAUUGCUAUCACUCUUUGCUAAGCUUGCCUCGACUGCCAUGGAGCAGACAGGAGGGUCUCAUCUUAUUCAAAAUCUGACUUUGAGUGCCGGCACAGCCUUGAAGGUGGUUUCUUUGACACCUACUUUCCAGCAUGUCACCUGGAUCCGACAGAACAUCCGCAAGAAGGAGUGCUGCUUCUUUGAAAUCGGUGCCAGAGAGGAUGUGUGCAUGUGCGGCUACUCCAAGAGUGAGCAUGUGGCUGACGCCAUUCAGACAGAGGUCAUGGGUAGCGGGACCUGGGACCCGCUCACGCACAUCCGUGAAGUACCCACGGAUGCUUUCGGGGACAUCAGCUUUGGUGGUUUGAGACAGACGACAACCAAGUAUGCUCGAGUGUCCACAGACACCACUCCUGAGGUGCUUUACCAGUUAAUGACUGAACAGUGGAAAGUGUCUCCACCCAACCUGCUCAUCUCAGUCACCGGGGGAGCCAAGAAUUUCUACCUGAAAACCCGGCUCAAAAACGUCUUCCAAAGAGGUCUCAUCAAAGUGGCCCAGACAACAGGUGCAUGGAUCAUCACGGGCGGAACCAACACUGGUGUUAUGAAGCAUGUUGGGCAGGCUGUGAGGGAUUACUCCCUAAGCAGUUCCAUGCAGGGCCAGAUUGUGACCAUUGGACUGGCAACGUGGGGAGUCAUUCACAACAAAGAAGUGUUAGUGCAUUCGCAGGGUUGUUUCCCCGCUCAUUACCCAAUGGACGUCAAGGGUCGACUUCCCUGCCUUGACAACAAUCACACCCACUUCCUGUUGGUGGAUGAUGGCACCUACGGUCGCUAUGGUGUCGAGAUCGAUCUUAGAAGUCGUCUGGAGAAGUUCAUCUCCCAAAAGACUCUUGGAAACAAAGCUGUUGGUGUGACCAUUCCUGCGGUGUGUGUGGUUUUGGACGGAGGAGGAGGCACUCUCAAUACCAUCUACACAGCCAUGCUCAAUGACACGCCGUGUGUGGUGUUGGAGGGUUCCGGGAGAAUAGCUGACGUGAUCGCCCACGCGGCGGGACUACCCGUGAGCCAGGUCACCAUCAGUCUCAUCCACCGCCUGCUCAAGAAGUUCCUUAGCCUGGAGUACGACAACUUCACCGACCUCACGAUCAUUGAGUGGACCAAAAAGAUUCAGGACAUCAUCAGGAUGUCUCACCUGCUGACUGUGUUCAGAGGAGGUGGAGACAGUCACGGAGAUGUGGAUGUGGCCAUUUUACAAGCACUCUUUAAAGCUUCACGGGCCAGCGCAUCACGAGUAGUGGAGGGAUGGCGGAGGCAGCUGGAGCUGGCUAUAGUCUGGAACAGAGUGGACAUAGCCGCCACCGAGAUCUUCACCGACGAGAGUCAAUGGAAGUCCAGUGAUCUCCACUGGGCCAUGUUCUCAGCCCUGGCCGGCAACAAGCCUCGGUUUGUGAGCCUCCUGCUGGAGAACGGUGUGAGUCUGAGGGAGUUUCUGCAGAGCGAAGACACUCUGUGCGAGCUCUACAAGCAGCUGCCCAACUGCUUCUUCUUGCGCAAGCUGGCCAAACGUGUCCACGCCUCCUGCCCUCGGAGGAGGAGAGUGUUCGCCACCAGAAACCGUGUGUGCUCAUCACAGAGCACGGGCAUCGCCUUGAGUCACGUGUCGGACGAGGAGCGACACUUGCUGGGUAAAUUCACCCAACCAAUCUACCCGCCCCCCACCAUGAUGUACCACUUUAACAUGGAGGACGCAACAUCGCUGUCAAGAAGCUUGUCGGGUUCUCAAGCUCCCCUCAGGGUGGACCUCGCUGAGGCCCAGAGAGACCCAGCCAGGGACCUUUUUCUUUGGGCUGUCGUCCAGAAAAAUAGAGAGCUGUCCGAAAUCACCUGGGAACAGUGUACAGACUGUGUGUCCGCCGCUCUGGCCGCCUGCAAGAUCCUGCGAAAAAUGGCAGAGGAGGGCAGCGAUGCGGACGAGGCCGUGGAAAUGCGAGACCUGGCUGAUCACUUUGAGAUGCACGCCAUCGGUGUGUUCACCCAGUGUUACAGUGGUGGUGAGGAGCGUGCUAAGAGGCUGCUGGUUCGCGUGUAAAGCAAUUGGGGGAAGACCACGUGUCUGAGACUAGCGCUGGAGGCUAACUGUAAAAGUUUUGUGGCGUUGUCAGGUGUCCAGGCCCUGCUGACUGAGAUCUGGUGUGGUGAACUUUCAGUGGACAAUCCUGUGUGGAGAGUGACGAUCUGCAUGAUCUUCUUCCCGCUUAUCUACACUGGCUUCCUGACCUACAGACCUGACGAGCUAAUCCAAAAGCAAAAUGAGAAAAGUGAGGAUAUCAAGACGGUGGCAAGCGUCACGGGAAGUGUGCUCCGAUCAAAAGCUAAAAAUCCUGAUCUCACAACCAUGAAGUCUCUGAACUGCUGGUCCAGACUGGCUUGCUUGUACAGCUCGCCACAGGUCAAGUUCUACUGGAAUAUCGUGUCCUAUUUCGCCUUCCUUUUCCUCUUUGCGGUGGUGCUAAUGAUGGACUUUCAGACCAUACCCUCCCCUGCGGAGAUUCUGCUGUAUGUGUGGCUCUUCUCUGUGGUGAGCGAAGAGGUCCGGCAGUUGUUUUAUGACCCUGAUGGCUUUGGGUUCCAUAAAAAAGCCAGGAUGUACAUCAGAGAACUUUGGAAUAUUUUGGAUGUUCUGUCCAUUGUCCUCUUCAUCAUCGGCCUUGUCUUUAGGCUAACAACCAAGCUAUUCUACGCUGGCAAGAUCAUCCUCUGCAUCGACUUUGUGGUCUUCUGCUUGCGUCUCAUGGCCAUCUUCAGCAUCAGUCGGACGCUUGGACCUAAGAUCAUCAUCGUCAGGAGGAUGAUGAUGGACAUGUUCUUCUUCAUGUUCCUGCUGAGUAUCUGGGUGGUGGCGUAUGGCGUAGCCAAGCAGGGCAUUCUGAUCCACAACGAUAGGCGACUGGAGUGGAUUUUCCGGGGGGCCGUAUACGAGCCCUACCUCAUCAUAUUUGGCAACGUCCCCACCAACGUUGAUUAUUCAGAAUUUGACUUGGACUCCUGCAGCAUGAAUGGCACCGACCCCUUGAAGCCCAAAUGUCCUGUGUUGAAUGAGAACCAAACCCCGGCCUUCCCUGAGUGGCUCACCAUCAUCAUGCUGUGCGUUUACCUCCUCUUUGCCAAUAUACUUCUACUCAACCUUCUGAUCGCCAUCUUCAACUUCACUUUCCAGGAAGUGCAGGACAACACAGACCGUAUAUGGAAGUUCCAAAGAUACGAGCUCAUUAAGGAGUACCACAGCCGGCCCGCUGCCCCUCCCCCCUUCAUCAUCCUCAGCCACCUUUACAUCUUCAUCAGGAAUGUGCUUCUUUGCAGGCCACCACUUAAAUCACGAAAGUUCAGGACUGAACUUCCUCACAUUGAAGAAGAGGAGCUGCUAUCGUGGGAGGCCCUGAUGAAGGACAGAUACCUCCUAUCCACUCAGCAGCAGCGGAGUCAGACCAUGGAACGUUGCAUCGUGGACACUGCGCAAAAAGUCAACGCCAUAACCGAGAGGCUGGAGCGGGAAGAGGAGAUUAGCUCUGCUAUCUUGAUUAAGCGUCUGGCCCGACUGGAGGAGCAGGUUGUCCAGUCAGCCAAAGGCCUGCAGUGGAUCAUGGAGAGUCUGAAGUCCAAGGGCCUUGCCUGGAAAGAGGAGCAACCACUGCCGAUACUUCCAACAGGGAAGGACUCUUCCGAAACCCUGGAAUCUGUGGAAGAGACAGACGGAUUUCACGUCAAAGCCCGACAGUUCCACUAUCCAAACAGCAAAGUCACUCGCUUCCCUGUACCUGAGGAGAAAGUGCCGUGGGAGGUCAGCUUCACCUCAUACACGCCUUCAUAUUUUAGCUCAGAGGACAAUGUAGACGGAUCAGACACUGAAGUCUUGGAAAAUUAUAGAAACCCUGGAGGCAGGACUGGCAUCAGAGGUCGGGGUUCACUCAGUCAUCUUGGUCCAAAUCUGCAAGUAGACCUCGUGAUUACACGUUUGCGGGACAGUGGGCGCUCAGUUUUGGAGUUUCUGGCAGUUGAAGACAAGCAGCAAAAGAUGGUUCUACCAGGGGGACCGGUUGAAUCUGCAGAACGUCUGCCAUCCGCUCUGAUGAGAACCAUGGGCGAGAGCUUGUAUGAAAAAUUAUGUGAAAAGAUAGCGGAGGGAAUACUGGUGUUUGAAGGUUACGUGGAUGACGUCAGAAACACAGACAACGCCUGGAUAGAGACUACCGUCCUCAACCUUCACCUUGACUCAAGUGAGGAUUCGGAGGAUAUCGUCAACAUGGUGGCGUGCAGUCGCGGCUCUCUGCAAUGGCAAGAGGUGAGCUGCAAAAACGGACUUUGUUCAGACCAAAGCGACUCACUGCGGCGGGUCGCCAUGCUGUAUAACAGGAAUUCAUAACUCUCAUGUCGAUAUCCAUUUCAUAUCAUUACAUUUCGCUCGAAUGUCAUGCACAACCUUUCUGGUGUUCAGCGCUACACCUGUAUGUUGCUCACAGCUGACUCCCUAACAUACAUCGCUCCAUAAUCCAUAAACAGAUGUCCAACAACUAGUCAUUAUCUUGGACCAUAAUAAGCCACAUACCUGAAAAUGGAUAACAAUAAGUCGAGAGUAAAUUGUGCCAAUUAAUUAAUUGAGGUCGACUCGAGUAUAAUGCCUGCACUAACCUUGAGCGCCUCUAGAGGCACUAUGUUUGUUUUGGGGUUAUUUGUCAGUCUUUUGUUGGGAAGGAUGCUAUAUUCUGAGAGUUUUGAGUUCGUUUUGCAGCUUAGAGGUAAAUAACUUUGAUUCAAACACACACACAAUCCAGUUCUCAUGUGCACGUUUAUUGUCUAGUCUAUAUGGGAAUUUGAGCAAGUAUGUCACAAAGAAAAAUAACUACAGGGAGAGGAGUUGCAAAGAAUGAGAACUUCUGCAAAGACUACUUGAAUGUUUACUUCUAGAUGGGACAGUAUAUUAAAUGUGUUCCUGCUGCCAUUGUAUUUUAGUGUGAGUUUAUGAUUUUUGUUACUUUAAAUUAAUCAAGCCUUUUAAAUAAAUAAAUAAACAGAGCACUA